AUGAGCGCAACGCCUAUGCAUGCGCUAACUUAUGCAGACGAUGGAACUUUCCAACCACACGCCAUACCAGACAUUGCUACAGCUCGCUAUACGAAGCAAGAAGCUAUGAGCGCCGUUCCAGGAGUCUCAGCUUCUCCACCUCCUCCAUUACCUCUAACUCGCUCAGCCCAGCCUCCACCAACGCAGUCAGAUUUUCUUCUCUCACAAGUUCGUGCUACUCUCCGAUAUUUAUCCGAAGUAGGUCUCUUCGAUGCCUUGAUUCAUCGUCAGAUUCACGGACUGCUCAUCAGGGGCGCUAUCACCCCGAAUCCCGACCACCUCACAUCUUCCAGCACAACCAUGCGCUCUGCCGAAAGUCAGGAGGAGCUGGGCAAGAAAAACGCUUGGCUUCGCAAGACACUCUCCGAGACAUCUUUUCUACCCACCACUGUCGAAAUAGCUCUAUCCCUUCUUGCCGGGCCACUUCUGUCAGACGAUCAAAAAGAUGCGACUGUUGAAUUAGUAGAGUACUCGCAGAAGGGCGUAGCUCAGAAGAUCACCGAUCCUACAUUGCAGAAGAGGACAUUGUCAGGUGCAAAGACUGCGCAGAGUUCCACAACUAAAGCCCUCAGUGGCUGGACGAAGAGUCUCAAGGAGGAAAGAGAGAGGAAGAAGGCUGAAGAUAAGGAGAAGAAGGACCAGAAGAAGAGAGAGAAGGAGGAGAGAAAACAGAUCAAGGAAGAACUAAAGCGAGAACGCAACGAGGUUGUGAGGAAAAGGCAGCAGGAGAUGCUGAGGAGUGAAAGUGGAGGGAUUGUAAGGCUGGUCGCUAGUGCAACUUCGACCAUGGGACCGCAAUCAGUGACGAGUAGAGCCGAGCUUACAUCGCUUGAACAAAGCGUUGCAUCCCUACAGCUGCAUUCUACAGAAACCGAAAGCAGUUGCAGCGAUGCUGAGCAAGAAGUUCAAAUCACGAAUCACGCUCCAAUCAACACAAACGACUGGCAAUCAGGCACGAAUUCUAUUGAGGACACUGCUACUCUCACUGUGCUUUCAGACCCUGUGAACAGCUCUGAAGCUAGUAUGGGUGGUACAAACACGAUGUUCCUGGUUGAACAAGGGCUGGCGAUAUCUUGUUCACUUGUGGUUGUGAAAGGUGGAAAAGGUGUUGGAGAGCAAUUGCAACAUAUGAGGGAACAAUUUAGGAACGUACAAAGUGAUGCAGGAACGAGCGGUUUGCCACCACCGCCGCCGGCUCAUCCUGAGGUACUGGCAACGAGAAGAGGAAGCAGUGAUACAGCAGUACCGGCGAUUGGCUCUCCUGCGGUAGGAGGAUAUAAUGCAAGUCAGUCGCCCAUACCGCCUCGUCCGAGCACUUAUAAACCUAGCUAG